CGGGUGCAGCUCAGGCGGCUAUUUGUGGGCCUGGGACUUGGGGCUGCAAAAGGAGGGAGAGGCUGACUGAAUCCUUUGCGUUCCCGUACUGCUGCACGCUGCAGAUCACCUCAAAACAAAGGUUAUUCUGAGGAAUAUGGAAGUCACGCAGCCCUCAGAGAGACACCUACCCUUUGUCCCUCAGCUCCCCCACAAGAGGUAAAGCAAAUAAUGGAGGAAGCAGUCACAAGGAAAUUUGUGCAUGAGGACAGCAGUCACAUCAUCUCUUUCUGCGCCGCCGUCGAAGCCUGCGUCCUUCAUGGGCUCAAGCGCCGGGCAGCGGGUUUCCUGCGGAGCAAUAAAAUUGCUGCCCUGUUCAUGAAGGUGGGGAAGAGUUUCCCCCCUGCCGAGGAGCUCUCCCGGAAAGUGCAAGAUCUGGAGCAGCUCAUGGAGAACACGCGGAACCAGGGGCCCGGCAUACAGGAGAGCGCUCGCAAGGCUCAGAAACCGCCCAGCCUGUCCCCGCAAGCCAUCAAACACCUCUGGAUCCGGACAGCGCUUUUUGAGAAGGUCCUGGACAAAAUUGUGCACUACUUGGUGGAAAACAGCAGCAAAUACUACGAGAAGGAGGCUUUACUCAUGGAUCCUGUCGAUGGGCCAAUCCUGGCUUCUUUGCUGGUGGGUCCUUGUGCCCUGGAGUACACCAAGAUGAAGACGGCUGAUCACUUCUGGACCGAUCCCUCAGCAGACGAGCUGGUCCAGAGACAUCGGAUCCACAGCUCCCACUGCCGACAAGACUCGCCCACCAAGCGCCCUGCGCUCUGCAUCCAGAAGAGGCACUCCAGUGGCAGCAUGGAUGACCGCCCCUCCCUCUCAGCCAGAGAUUACGUGGAGUCGCUGCACCAGAACUCCAGGGCUACCCUCCUGUACGGCAAAAACAACGUCUUGGUGCAGCCGCGAGAUGACAUGGAAGCCAUUCCGGGCUAUUUAUCUCUUCACCAGACCGCAGAUGUCAUGACGCUGAAGUGGACCCCAAACCAGCUGAUGAACGGCUCUGUGGGCGACCUGGACUAUGAGAAGAGUGUUUACUGGGACUAUGCCAUGACCAUUCGCCUGGAAGAGAUUGUCUACCUUCACUGCCAUCAGCAGGUAGACAGCGGGGGGACCGUUGUCCUGGUCAGCCAGGAUGGCAUCCAGCGCCCUCCCCUGAGGUUCCCGAAGGGGGGACAUCUCCUUCAGUUCCUCUCCUGCCUGGAAAAUGGCCUGCUGCCCCAUGGCCAGCUGGAUCCACCUCUCUGGUCACAGAGGGGGAAGGGGAAAGUGUUUCCCAGACUGAAGAAACGCAACCUCCAGGGUCCCCCUGAGUCUGCCUCGGACAGAGAAGAAGAGGAGGCCACGGAUUACGUGUUCCGGAUCCUCUACCCAGGCACGCUGUCCGACUUCGCUGUUGUUAACGGCUCUUGUCUUCCCCCCACCUCUGCCAACGCUUCUGGGGAAGAGGCGGUUCGGAUGACACGGGUCCCUGGCAAAGUCGUGGUGAUCCCCAAAUGGCCCCCGAGUCUUCCUGGGGUGAUCCUUCCUUCUCCCACCACCUUGGAGUCCAGACAGCACCGCUCGGCCCAGGAUCUGAUGGAUGCGCCGGGGAAUGCCCUGCCUUCCAUGUGGCAGCCAAGCGCCCGCAAGUCCUCCUGCUCCUCUUGUGCUCAGAGCGGAUCCACGGAGAACGGCCCGUCCAACGGCUGCAGCCACGAGAGAGCCCCGCUGAAGCUGUUGUGCGACAACAUGAAGUACCAAAUUGUCUCUCGGGCAUUUUAUGGCUGGCUUGCCUACUGCCGGCACCUUUCUACUGUUCGAACGCACCUUUCGGCGCUGGUGAACCACGAUAUUGUGUCUCCCGAUGUGCCAUGCGGUGCCAGCUUGGGGCUGACUGCGGAGAUUUGGGAGAAGUUUCUCCAGGACAGCACGAGCUACGAGGAGAAGGAGCUUCUACGGUUGGUCUAUUUUGGAGGAGUCCAGCAUGAGAUUCGGAAAUCCGUCUGGCCUUUCCUCCUGGGUCAUUAUCAGUUCGGGAUGCUGGAAGCAGAGAGGAAAGAGGUGGACCUUCAGACUCGGGCCAACUACGAGCAAACCAUGUCCGAAUGGCUGGGCUGCGAGGCCAUCGUCAGGCAGCGGGAGAAGGAGUCGCACGCGGCGGCCCUGGCCAAGUGCUCCUCGGGGGCCAGCCUGGACUCCCACGUGGAAUCCCUGAGGCACCGCGAUUCCACCGUCAGCAACGGCUCUUCCCAGAGCAUCAGUUCUGGCCCGCAGAACCUCAGCCGGCUGCAGAGCGACUCCAGCAGCAGCACCCAGGUAUUUGAAUCCGUGGAUGAGGUGGAGCAGACUGAAGCAGACGUUAAGCCAGCUGCCGGCAGACGAGCGAGUCUUUCCAAUGGAGGGGUCCCCGAGGCUGGUUCCUGCUCCCCCGACUCCGGCCACCCUUCCUCCCAGAAUUUCUCAGUCGCCUUCUCGGAGCGGAGCUUCAGCAACGAGGACAGCGGGCCGGAGGGAGGGAAAGGGGGAGCAGCCCAGACAAGUGGGGAAGGGGCACCCCCCACCGUGGAGAGCACCCUCCUGGACGGCACGGGGAUGGGGGAAGGGCCACGGGGCCAUCUUGAGGGGGACUUCUCUGCUCCCAGGAACCUGGAUGCCUUCCUCCGGAUGGGCAAGGAACUGCCUGGGAAAGAGGGGGGCUCCCUCGCCCUGGCCGACCGCUGGGUCAGCCACAGCGCAGGGCAGCCCAGCUCGAUGGGGAGCGAAGACGACCUCUCGGAAGAGCCCGAGAUGGAGAGCCUCUACCCGCAGCUGGAUUCGCACUCGCUGGCCAUCACCGACCUCACCUUGAGCGAAGUUUCCCCUGUUUCCUCCUCUGGGGUUACUUACUCGCCAGAGCUCCUGGACCUGUACACCAUCAACCUGCACCGCAUUGAGAAGGAUGUGCAGAGGUGUGACCGGAACUACUGGUACUUCUCGCCAGCCAACCUGGAGAAGCUGCGGAACGUGAUGUGCAGCUACAUCUGGCACCAUAUUGAUGUGGGGUACGUUCAGGGGAUGUGUGACUUGCUGGCCCCGCUGCUUGUCAUCCUGGACGAGGAAGCUCUCGCUUUCAGCUGCUUCACGGAGCUCAUGAAGAGGAUGAGUCAGAAUUUCCCCCACGGAGGAGCCAUGGAUACCCACUUUGCCAACAUGCGGUCCCUCAUCCAGAUUUUAGACUCGGAGCUCUUUGAACUGAUGCACCAAAACGGUGAUUACACCCAUUUCUACUUCUGCUAUCGCUGGUUCCUCUUGGAUUUCAAGCGAGGUGAGCGCCGCCCGGGGCCACGCAGCACACCAGGAGUUGGGACGAAGAUCCGCUGGGGCCGGCUCAAGAGAGAACGCUGGGAGUGGGCCGGGUUGGGGACCAGGCGUCCUCGCAGUGGCAGGGCCCAGGCUGCCACGUUCAGCUGUGAGGUCAUUGACUCGGCACAGCUUAUCCCGUGUGCGCAGCGUU